AUGAGGCCUCUCUCCCGUGCCGCCCGAAUCAUUAUGGUCGGUGCCCCCGGCGCUGGCAAAGGCACUCAAGCAGCUCGUCUCCUCAAGGCCUUCCCAAGCCUCAAGGCCCUCUCCAGUGGCGACCUUCUCCGCGACAAUGUCGCCCGAAGCACCGAGAUCGGUCAACGAGCAGCAACAUACAUGUCCUCCGGCUCUUUAGUCCCAGACACCCUCAUGUCUCGACUAAUCCUUGCUUCCUUGCCACCCGCCGAACAAUCUUACAUUCUAGAUGGAUUCCCACGAACCCGUCCUCAAGCCGAGUCGUUAACGGAAGCCGGAGUCGAUGUAAACUUUGUUGUCAACCUCGAUGUUCCGCAUUCUGUUAUCUUGGAUAGGAUAGCCAAUAGAUGGGUUCAUCCCGGUAGCGGACGGGUUUAUAAUUUGACUUAUUCGCCACCGAAGGUAGAGGGAAUUGAUGAUAUUACUGGCGAGAAGUUGGUGAGGAGGGUUGAUGAUGAUCCAGAUACGUUCAAGGUACGACUAGAAAAGUAUGAAGAGAAAACGGGACCAUUGCUGGACCUGUACAAAGAAAAGGGCGUAGUAUGGACUGUUAGUGGGAAGACCAGUGAUGAAAUUACACCGAAGCUGUUAGAGGAAGUUGCUAGACGGUUUGGAUAA